UUUUUGGGCACACAUCACGGGAUUUGUAUCUUGGAUGGUUCUAAACUUAAAGUGCUGGACUUUUGGGUUGAUGGCGUAAAAUUAAAGGAAAUGAAGGAAUUUCUUAAAGGAGAAGGCCUUCGUGAAUUGCGCCGAAGGAAUUAUCACGGCCUAGAACUUCCGGUUAGUGAAACGGUCAAACGUGCGAGGAAACAAUUGGCUCAUGGCAGCGAAAGAAAAUAUAGCUUGGCCAAUUAUAACUCCGAGCAUUUCGCCAUGCUGCUUAAACUUGGGUGGACGAGAUCACAACAGGUGCAUCGCGUAGCGGCGGCCUCCAUUGGGACACGAGCCGCAGCAAGAACUGUAUUUGCGGCGUCUGAAACUUUCUCUGCUGUACGAUUUAUCUCGAACUUUCGAAUUUUGCGUGGGCUUGGAACGGUGGGAAAAGUUGUGUCAAAAGUUGGCAUAGCAACGGCUGCCACGGCUCCGGUAUUCAUUGGGCUUGACAUUGCAUUUUUAGUUUAUGAGUUUAAAAGGAAAAAGCCAAAUAUUGAGAAGCUGGAGGCGUUCGAUCGUUCACUUGAGCGGACGUUAGAACUUCUUUUGAAUUCGUUGCUUGAGCUAGAGCUAUUCGUUGCUCUUCAACGCGACGCAGCACAAAUCCUGUCCCUUCGCAUGAAACUGAGCGGAACCAAUAUUUUUAUUGAUGAAGAUCUGGCACCCAAGGAAAGAAAGAUGCGUUCCCAACUGAGAGAAUUUGCGAGAAACAUGAAGAAAGAAAAACCGGACCUGCUGUUCCGAUGUUACAAGAAACGGGUGAAAAUUACAACGGAAGGAGCUACAACCUGGUACACAAUAAAUGACUCUAAUCAAAUUGUGGAGGAUGGAAAACAAAUGACGUGACGAUACGGCCGGCCUCUACAAUUAACACAACAAUCAAGGAUCAGUAACUUUAAUAUAAUUUCCUGGAAUAUAGAAGGUAUAAGGUCUAAAAAUAUCUUAUUUUAUAAUGAAUUAAUCGAGUUUAACCCAACGAUAUUCUUCCUUUGUGAAACAUGGCACGUUGAUGACUAUAUGUUAAACAGUAAAAUUACAAAUAGAUAUACAAUUUUUGAUAUGAAAGCUGUGAAAUCAAAAAUCAAAGGAAGAGCAUCGAUGGGUUACUACAUUGGUAUAAAAAAUAGCAUAGUUAAUUUUAGUAAAGUUAUAUGUAUGAAGAAUGAAUAUAGCGUCAUACAGUUAAA